UCGAACAGUGUUACGACAACAAAAAACCUCUGCGGACGUAGUCUGCUCGAGUCCGUGAAAUCGAAAUGACUGUUGCGACGAGAUUUUAAACGUGACAGUUGAAAUCAAUUCAGUUGUGAGGAACCGACCCUCGUCUUAGAAAAUAUAACCGGGGAAUUCAUCGAGCUGUUAAACUACAUAAUCAUCUUCAUAAAAUAUAAGGAUUUUCCCAGCCAAACCUGUGGGCUCUCGGGGCCGAAAAAAAUAUCAACUGCAGGUGGGUAAAUCUAGAACCGUGGCAUACGAGACAGUUUGGGGCUUUCGGGUCAUCGAGGGUGGACGGGGCAGUAACGUGACGAUUCGAGCAGAGAAGAGAAGAGAAGGUCGCAGUUCGCGGGUCAGCAUGUUCGGACGGUAGCGGGCGCGCAGGCGCGGAUCGAUCCCGCGGCAUCGAACGGCGCGGCCACUCGGCACUCGGCCUAGCAGCUCGGCGUCCAGUCGCGCGCGGGCCGUGCGAGCGCGCGCGUCUCUGCACGUGCAUGGCGCGCCUGUCUGGAUGCCUCGCGCCCUCGGGGAAUGGCUUCGUCCGAGGAAGAGGCGACAACCGCGCCGACCUCUGAAGAUGGAUUGCCAGACUGUCUCAGUGUACGAAAAUGGUGGUGCUUCCUGCUUUCGUCGAUCAUCACGUUCUUGGCGGGGCUUCUGGUGGUGCUGCUAUGGCGGCUCUGCGCGUUCGUCUGUUGCCGCAAGGAGCCCGAGCUGGCGCCGAACGACCCCAAGCAGAAGGAGCAGAAAGCGGCGCGACAGGGCAAACAGGAGUUCGAGGGCACCUUCAUGACCGAGGCCAAGGAUUGGGCCGGCGAACUCAUCUCUGGCCAGACCACCACCGGACGAAUUCUGGUAGUGUUGGUGUUCAUUCUGAGUAUAGCAUCGCUCAUCAUCUACUUCAUCGACGCGUCCAGUGAGGAGGUUGAGCGAUGCCAGAAAUGGAGUGACAAUAUUACUCAGCAAAUCGACCUUGCCUUUAACAUAUUUUUUAUGGUCUACUUUUUUAUACGAUUUAUAGCAGCUAGUGACAAACUAUGGUUCAUGCUCGAGAUGUAUUCAUUUGUUGAUUAUUUCACGAUACCCCCAUCCUUUGUAUCGAUAUACCUGGACAGAACGUGGAUAGGGCUAAGGUUUCUCCGAGCUCUGCGCUUAAUGACCGUGCCUGAUAUUUUGCAGUACCUCAAUAUAUUAAAGACAUCGAGCUCAAUUCGUUUGGCGCAAUUAGUUUCUAUAUUUAUAUCGGUAUGGCUUACAGCAGCCGGAAUUAUUCAUUUAUUGGAAAAUUGGGAUCCGAUGGAUUUUGAUAAUGCGCAAUCAUUAUCAUAUUGGACAUGCGUAUAUUUUCUUAUAGUGACCAUGUCCACCGUAGGUUAUGGUGAUGUGUUCUGUCAUACAGUGCUGGGCAGAACAUUUUUGGUUUUUUUUCUGCUCGUCGGCUUGGCUGUGUUCGCCAGCUGGAUCCCCGAGAUCACGGAGCUGGCGGCGCAGCGGAACAAAUACGGCGGCCGGUACAACAAGGACGUCCGCCGCAGGCAUAUAGUCGUAUGUGGACAUAUAACAUAUGAAUCAGUCAGUCAUUUCUUAAAAGACUUUCUACACGAAGACCGAGAGGAUGUGGAUGUUGAGGUUGUUUUUUUACACAGGAAACCGCCCGACCUGGAGCUCGAAGGCCUGUUCAAGAGACACUUUACCACUGUGGAAUUCUUUCAAGGCACCAUUAUGAAUCCAAUCGACCUACAAAGGGUAAAAGUGCACGAAGCAGAUGCGUGUUUGGUGCUCGCUAACAAGUACUGUCAGGACCCGGACGCCGAAGAUGCCGCGAACAUCAUGAGAGUCAUAUCUAUCAAGAACUACUCAGACGACAUCAGAGUUAUAAUUCAGUUGAUGCAAUACCAUAAUAAGGCCUAUCUUCUCAACAUUCCUUCGUGGGACUGGAAGCAAGGAGACGACGUAAUUUGCUUAGCAGAAUUGAAAUUGGGGUUUAUCGCUCAGAGCUGUCUCGCACCGGGAUUCUCUACAAUGAUGGCGAAUCUAUUCGCUAUGAGAAGCUUCAAAACGUCACCGGACACCCAGGCCUGGCAGAACGACUACCUGCAGGGUACCGGAUGCGAGAUGUACACCGAGUCUCUGUCCACUUCCUUCACUGGAAUGAGUUUUCCUCAAGCCAGCGAGUUGUGUUUCACAAAAUUAAAACUUCUUCUACUGGCGAUCGAGAUCAAAGGAGAGGAAGGUGCUGACAGUAAGAUCUCCAUUAACCCCCGUAAUGCCAAGAUACACGCGAAUACACAAGGAUUUUUUAUAGCUCAGUCUGCGGACGAGGUUAAAAGGGCUUGGUACUACUGCAAAGCUUGCCACGAGGACAUCAAAGAUGAGACGCUCAUCAAGAAAUGCAAAUGCAAAAAUUUGACCGCACACCAGCGGAAGGUCGGAGCCGACAUAGAUGUCGGAAUGAUGAUGAUGCAGACGGGGAUGGUGAAACAAAAUCUAAAUACGUAUCGGGGUGUCGACGUGGCUACAUUCAGGAAAGGCGUACGAGCCGUCCAGAUGGUUGGAAGGGCAAAUGACCACCAUCCUCCCCCCACCUUCACGCCGCCAGAGUUGCCCAAGAAGGUCCAUGUUCGAGGUGAAAUCGCAAGAGAAAGAGGAGAGGAUAUCAGUUUAAUAAAUCGUAAUCACCGAAGUGCCGCGCCCACAGCGCUUUUGUCUCCGAUGGCUAACCAGCUCAUGAACACCACGACGACGAGGCAAGUCAACAAAGUGAAACCAAACGUCAAUAGAGCUCCUCCCGACACGAAUACGCAAGAACAAGAUACGAAUUACCAAGCCUAUCAUCUAGCCUACGAAGUGAAAAAGCUCAUGCCUACAAGUAGAAGUAGUGGGGGAAAUCAAAACAGCAAUGGCGUGAGCUUGCCAGCUGGGUUAGCUGACGAUCAGUCAAAAGAUUUCGACUUCGAAAAGACUGAAAUGAAAUAUGAUUCAACCGGAAUGUUCCACUGGAGCCCCGCCAGGAACCUCGAAGAUUGUAUAUUGGACAGAAACCAGGCGGCUAUGACAGUUCUAAAUGGUCACGUGGUAGUGUGUUUGUUCGCGGAUCCAGACUCGCCUCUCAUUGGAUUAAGAAAUCUGGUGAUGCCGCUACGAGCUUCUAACUUCCAUUACCACGAACUCAAGCACGUCGUCAUUGUUGGAAGUGUAGAAUACAUCAGAAGAGAAUGGAAAAUGUUGCAGAAUUUACCGAAGAUCUCCGUAUUGAAUGGUUCACCGCUAAGCCGGGCUGACUUGCGUGCAGUUAAUGUAAAUCUGUGCGACAUGUGCUGCAUACUGUCAGCGAAGGUGCCAUCGAACGAUGACCCGACGCUGGCAGACAAGGAAGCUAUUUUGGCUUCGUUGAACAUCAAGGCUAUGACGUUCGACGACACGAUAGGUGUGCUGAGUGCGGGGGCGACUAAUGGUAAUGCCCCGCCACCAACCGGCGCGCCCCCGGCUCCGGUGUUGUUACAACGAAGAGGCUCUGUCUACGGAGCCAAUGUGCCUAUGAUCACUGAGCUGGUGAACGACAGCAAUGUGCAGUUCUUGGAUCAAGACGACGACGACGAUCCCGACACCGAGCUAUAUCUCACGCAGCCAUUCGCUUGCGGGACCGCCUUCGCUGUCAGCGUACUCGACUCACUCAUGUCAACUACAUACUUCAACCAGAACGCCCUGACGUUGAUUCGCUCACUUAUCACUGGAGGCGCAACUCCCGAGCUAGAGUUAAUUUUGGCUGAGGGAGCAGGUUUAAGGGGAGGUUACUCUACAACUGAGAGCUUAUCUAACAGGGAUCGUUGCCGCGUCGGUCAGAUAUCAUUGUACGACGGUCCCCUAGCUCAGUUCGGCGAGGCUGGCAAGUACGGCGAUCUGUUCGUAGCUGCGUUACGCACCUACGGCAUGCUGUGCAUCGGCCUAUACCGCUUCAGGGACACCUCCUCCUCCUGCGACGCCAGCAGUAAGAGAUACGUUAUCACCAAUCCGCCGGACGAUUUCUGUUUAUUGCCCACGGAUCAGGUGUUUGUGCUGAUGCAGUUCGACCCGGGCGUAGAGUACCGCUCCAACCGGCGCGCCGCCGCCGCAACAGACGACGCGUCCUGACUAUUGCUGUGCAGCGCCCUCACCGACGGACCCUACUCCUACAUCUAGGUGUAGACCGUCCCACGACGACCCAGAGGGCCGUGACGACCCCGUUCCCCUAAACUGGGGGCCGCGACGACCCCAAUACGAUCUUUUAUUUCCCAAUUUUAGUUUAACCCUUUUUUUAUGGACACCGCACCGCAAUUCUCACACGCUUCCGACACUUAGAGAGUUAGGAUCUGAAACUAUGCCCGAUGUAACCGGAACGCGGGACAAGUAUCGGCGGAUAUAUACGGAGUGUAACGAUAUAGUUAGAGGGCUUUCGAUGUCUCAGAUAUUAGUCGUGAACUUAGUAUACAAUAUCAGAUUAUAGGGUUUCUUUAAGGUAUGACUCGUUACACUCUGUCUGUAUCCACCUAUAAAGACACUACACAUACAUCACUUCUGAUUCGAGGGUAGGCACACGGUAUUCUGGACUUGAACUAUCUAAAAAAUUUCAAUGUAAAAGACCUUUUAAACUUUUAAUUGCACGAAUUUUUAAGCUAUUACAGGACAACCUAUUGAUAUAAGGUACAUUUUUAACUUCUUUUAGAUUGUCCAUUCCUUAUCCAGUAGACGUAAAUAAAAAGGGGCUAAGGUUUUUUUUUUUCUUAUUAUGUAGAAAUAUUUAAGCAUUUAUAAUAAUCAUCGACUGAAAUAAUAUAUCACAUCGAGUACUUUCGACAUUUAGUUAACUCUUACCUUCACUAUUGGAUUCACAUUGAAUUCACCACUAGCUCUAAGGCUUAACUUUCUUCGCUUCCUUGCACGGUAUGAUAGUCACAUACAGUUCCAUUUCACGCGUUCAUUUUUCAUUUUAGUUCUUUAUUUUUAUUAUACUUAUGUUAUCCUAGUAUAGAAGUAAGUGAUAGCAGGAAUUAUCUGUGCGUCUUUUAACGACGUCGACUGAUAAUACUGACUCUUACUUGAGACUUAACCACACUAUUAUAGACUUUUUUUUUGUUUAUUUUUUUAAUAAAUUAUUUUAAAACGU